AUGCAAAGCAUGGCGCUAACCACCGACACCAACAAGCUGGAGGCCUUCGGAGACAUUCUGAUGGCAGGGGAGCCAGCAGACAAGUGGUGGAAGGUGAGGAAGGUGACAACGACACUGAUUACACAAUGGGCAGACGUGCAGACAGCAUUUGUGGCCAAAUUUGACGUGCUGCAAGCAGCAGAGAAAACCAAGCAAGAGUGGGAACAGGAGCUCAGUAAGCUCCCAAUCUCCUUGGAAGAGCUAGGGACUAGGACAAUGGUGGGAGGCGUGGAGACACAUGCACAUGUAGCGUUCGCACGGAAAAUGCUGCGCAUAGCAAAGGAAGUGGGGGUAAAAAAGUCAGGAAGCAACAUCUGGGCAGCACGAGACUACCUACUGAUCUCCCUUCGAGACCAAACACCAAGAAAAGCCACAAGCUGGGAAGUGUUUGCCAUGACCAUUGAGAAAGUAGACGUCAAUAAGCUUGGAGAGGACUUGGACAAAGAACGUGAGAACAAUAAACUCAAAGCAGAGCUCAUCUCAUUACGAUCGAGGACCACACCACGAGCAUUGGUUCCACUGUCACCUACGGCGCUGCUGCGCACACAGAUGGCACACACAAACAUAUCAGCAAGCAUGCGCAUCCCACCGCCAACUUUCAAGUGCAAAACCAACCCACGCAAGCUCAGCAAUCACCAGAGCUGCUCACCACGGAAGCAAAAGCCACGCUCACUAGAGUGGUCAAGAAGAUGA